CGAAGCGCUGCGGGCAGCGGCGCGCCCGGAGCGGCGGCACCGGCACGGGCACCGGGCACCGCUCCAGCCCCGGGCAGAGCCGGUGGGGAAGGAUGUUUUCCUCAGUGAAGCCCUACGAGAACCAGCACUACGCCUCGCUGAAGAAGGAGUGCCAGCGGCGGAAGCAGCUCUUCGAGGACCCGCUCUUCCCCGCCAACGACGACUCCCUCUUCUACAAGUCAAGGAUUCAGGGCAUCCAGUGGAAGCGACCCAAAGAAAUCUGCAAUGAUCCACGUCUCUUUGUGGAUGGGAUCAGCUCCCAUGACUUGCACCAGGGCCAGGUUGGGAACUGCUGGUUCGUGGCUGCCUGCUCCUCCCUGGCAUCCCGGGAGUCUCUGUGGCAGAAGGUCAUCCCAGACUGGAAGGAGCAGGAGUGGAACCCUGAGAAGCCCGAGAGCUACGUGGGGAUCUUCCACUUCCAGUUCUGGCGUUUUGGUCAGUGGCUGGAUGUGGUGAUCGAUGACCGCCUGCCCACACUCCACAAUCAGCUCAUCUACUGCCACUCCAACUCCAGGAAUGAGUUCUGGUGUGCCUUGGUGGAGAAAGCUUAUGCCAAGUUGUCAGGCUGUUACGAGGCGCUGGAUGGAGGCAACACAGCUGAUGCCCUGGUGGAUUUCACUGGUGGGGUCUCUGAGCCUAUCGACCUGACCGAAGGGGACUACAUUGCUGAUGAAGCCAAGCGCAACCUCCUCUUUGAGCGCGUGUUGAAGGUGCACAACAGGGGAGGCCUCAUCAGCUGCUCCAUCAAAGCCACGUCAGCAGCUGACAUGGAGGCUCGCCUGGCCUGCGGACUGGUGAAGGGCCACGCGUACGCAGUGACGGACGUGCGGAAGGUCCGUCUGGGCCACGGCCUUCUGUCCUUCUUCAAGUCGGAGAAGCUGGACAUGAUCCGCAUGCGCAACCCGUGGGGCGAGCGGGAGUGGAACGGCCCUUGGAGUGACACCUCUGAGGAGUGGCAGAAAGUGAGUAAAAGUGAGAGGGAGAAGAUGGGAAUGACAGUGGAAGAUGAUGGAGAGUUCUGGAUGACCUUUGAAGAUUUCUGCAAAUACUUCACGGACAUCAUCAAGUGCCGUCUGAUCAACACCUCCUACCUGAGCAUCCACAAGACCUGGGAGGAGGCAGUGCUGCAUGGGGCAUGGACCAGAAGCAGUGACCCCUUGAAAAACCGCUCCGGAGGCUGCAUCAACCACAAGGACACUUUUCUGCAGAACCCCCAAUAUGUGUUUGAUGUGAAGAAGGCAGAAGAUGAAGUGCUGAUCUCCAUCCAGCAGAAGCCCAAAAGGACCAGUCGCAAAGAGGGCAAAGGAGAGAAUUUGGCCAUAGGCUUUGAUAUCCAUAAGGUGGAGCUGAAUAGGAACUACCGGAUGCACACGCUGCAGCAGAAGGUGGCCAGCUCCAUCUACAUCAACUCCCGCAGCGUCUUCCUGAGGACAGACCUGAAGGAAGGCCGCUACGUCAUCAUCCCCACCACUUUUGACCCUGGUCACGAAGGCGAGUUCCUUCUCAGGAUUUUCACAGACGUGCCUUCAGAUUGCCGAGAGCUGACCCUGGAUGAGCCACCACACACCUGCUGGAGUGGGAUGUGUGGCUACCCACAAGUGGUAUCCCAGAUCCAUGUCCUUGCUGCAGCUGGGCUCAAGAAUCAGGACUCCCAAGGAGGGGCUGAUCCUUAUGUGAUCAUCAAGUGUGAAGGGCAGAAGGUUCGCUCUCCAGUGCAGAAGAACACGGUAUCACCAGAGUUCGAUGUGAAGGGGCUCUUCUACCGCAAGAAGCCAGGACAACCCAUCAUUGUUCAGAUCUGGAACCACAACUUGAUAAGCGACGAGUUCUUGGGCCAAGUGGUGCUCACGGGGGAUCCCAGCGACCGGCAGUCGGUGCACACGCUGCACCUGCAGGACAGGGGGAACAGGAGGUCCAACGACCUCCCUGGAACCAUUGCUGUGAUGCUGCUCAGCAGUAACGUCCUCACUAAUGUCUGAGUACUCAAGGGUGACUCUUCUGGUGCCACAUAUGUGAAUAUAAACAUGCACACGUACAUAUACAUAUAUAUAUAUAUAAAGAACACACAGAGCCUACCUACCAUCUGCAAAGUGUAUAUGAACCAUGCAUGCAUUCCACUCCAAGGAGCCAAUCUUGUGUUUUCAAUGUUAAAAAAAUGGUGCCUUUUUUUUGGGGAACCGCAAUGAUCCUUCUGCUGGCGUCCUCUGCAGUCCCCCAGGCUGCCACGUGCGCUGUGGGACCGCUGUGAGCACGCUGUGUGUCCUGACAGCCAGAGCACCAUGCCCUGGGGCUGUUUGUUUACACAGGCUGGCACACACACACGUGCCACCACGCACACCUGUGGCCACCACGGUCCCACCAGCUGCUUCAGUGCAUCUUCAGUGUGUCUGCUUGGGUUAGGAGUAGUGUGCAUGGAGCUGUCUCCCUUGAAAUUGCCAUGUAAUCGCUUAUCUGUGGAGGCACCACAGCAAAGGAGAAGUGGACAAACAGAUCGGGGCCUGUUGGGUGAUUUUUGGGUAUGGGUUUGCCUACUGCAACUGCAAGGAAAACGCACCAAGACAGCCCAAAUCCACAGGGGCAGCAAGACCAAAGGCUCCAUCAUUUUGGGGACAAGCUGUCUCCACCCAAGUCUUGUUCAGCCCCACGCAACUCUAAAGUAUAGAAAGAUGUCAACAGCUGUGGUGGGAUAACAGUUCUCUGGGUCAGGUUUCUGAAUCAGUCUGGACCCAGCUCCUGUGGGUGCCUCCUGAACUCCCAUGGUGCCUGCUGUCUCCGUGUCUCCAUGCCACCCCCAUCCCAAGAGCUCACCCCAGGACCUGAGGUGGGUUGUCUGCUGGGGCAGUUCAGUGUUUAGGCAAGAGAAGAUUCCUCUGAAGGCCAAAAUGUCAAGUUCAAGGGAUGAGGAGCUUCGAUCCAUGAGCUCCAUCUGUACUGCUGCCUACAGUGCAUCAUUUCUCAGUGCCUCGCUUUCUCAAAUUCUUUUUAAAAAUAGUGGGAUUUUCGCUUGUACUAGAGGGGCACUGCUCCCAGUGCAGCCUGGAAAUGCUGGGAAUAUUUAAUUCAUACCAGUGUCCAUCUCUCACCUUUAAUU